CUUCCCUCCUUCCCUCCCCCCGACACACACACUCCUUCCCCAUCCUCUCUCCAAGAAAAGAACCUCUUACAAGACCGUCUGGACGAAAGGGCAUCGAAGGCAUCGGGCAUUGACUCCGAGGCAGCCAUUUUGUGACCAAUGGCGGAACCGGGACUUGACGAAGGACUUGAUUGAUUGAGGCCCAUCUCCCGUCGCCAAGGCAACUCGGGGAGGGGGCGCGGAGAGAGGGAGGGACUUUUCGUCCCCUCUUGAAAAGAGAUGGAGUCCAAGUACGCUACACUUGGCAUGGCAAGCGCCGUGCCACCCAUAGAGGGCGCCAUGACGACAGGACACGGAGAUCCGGACACCCAGGAGACGGGGGGGUUUGGGGAUCUGUCGGGGGCCAGGCUGUCGGGGGGCGAGGGUCCCGCUCAGGCUUAUUACCCCGGGAAGAAGGAAUUCUGCCCCGAAUCGCCCCAGCGCCACCGCAAGCCUCACCGCCACCCACUGGCUGCCUCGUACCGCUACACUCACUCCCUACCCCAGUUCUCCCGCCAGGCCACAGCCCAUCGCUUCAUGGAACCCUCAGCCAUGACGGAAACCUUCCUCUCCCUCCAGGCCCGCGCUCAGGCCGGGCUAGGCCUGGGCCUGGGCCUGAGCAAGUCUCCCGCCAGCCUGCAGACCGCAUUCGGCCACUGCCUCCAGGGGCAGAGCGAGGAGGGGCUGCGCAAGGAGAAGAGGCCGAAGAAGCCGGGGAAACACAUCUGCCAGUACUGCGGGCGGGCCUGCUCCAAGCCCAGCGUGCUGAAGAAACACAUCCGCUCGCACACAGGAGAGAGGCCCUACCCCUGCCUGCCCUGCGGCUUCUCCUUCAAGACCAAGAGCAACCUGUACAAGCACAGGAAAUCCCAUGCCCACGCCAUCAAGGCCGGGCUGGUCUCGGCGUCGGAGGCCGAGGCUCGGCUGGCGGACGAGUACCACUCGGACGCCGACGAGAGCACCGAGACCGAUGAGGAGGGCCCGGGAGAGCGGGGGCUGGGGCUGGGGGCCGAGACGGACGAGCGCAGGAGGCUUCCCGAAGCCCUUGCAGAUGACACGACCCCGGCCCAUGUGAAGGUGCCCAUCCUGAUCGUGCCGCGGGCCGGAGCCAAGGCUCGGGGGGAGAGCCCACCGCCCACGGAGGUGGACCCUGCCAGGGUCGUGACGGCUGCAGUCGGGCACUGGCGCGACGAGCCCCCUCACACCGUCAAGCAGAGGCUGGCCCUGAGGAUCUCAGAGAAGCGGGGGCCGGACAGUGAGCAGUCCCUCAACCUCCUGAGCCCCCACAGCAAGGGCAGCACGGACUCAGGCUACUUCUCUCGCUCCGAGAGCGCCGAGCAGCAGGUCAGCCCACCCAACACCAACGCCAAGUCCUACGCCGAGAUCAUCUUCGGGAAGUUUGCCCGGAUGUCGCCCAGGACCACGGGGACCGGCCCCAACACUCAGGAGCCCCACCUGAUGGGCUUCAAGGACAAAGGAAUCUUGGGGUCCAUGUCAGACACCAAACCCGACAUUGAGAAACUCAUCGAGAAGCAUAUCAUCCAAUUGAUAACCCACAACGAGGUGAUGGUGGACCCCAGUCAGCUCAACACCGUCAAGCCCAGGAAGUCCUCGCUGUCCAGGGGUGAGGCCGGGGACUGGCCCAGGCAGCAGGUCCUGAUGGGGGGUUACGGUCCGGGCACUGCCCAGGAGAAGGCGUUGCUCUCCGUGCCCCCCGGGGCGGGGAGCUCUGCCGACGGAGCUCCCCUGGUGCGCAGCAACUCCAUGCCCACCUCCACAGUGUGCGAGCUGGCCACGCAGCAGGGACUGAGGGGCAGCCACUCCUUCGACGAGCGCAUGGCGGGCUCCGAUGACGUCUUCCACCCCAACGCGGCCACCCUCUCCCACCCCCGCAUGCUAAAGCGGCAGACGGCCAUCGAGCUCUUCCCGGCUUUGGACGCCCACCCGCUCCCCGGGGAGGAAGGGGAGCCCGGCGAGAGUGUGCUGAGGGUGGGCCGAGUGGGCCUGGGGGGUGAGCUGGCCGAGGAGACCCCUGAGGCAGAGCUCGGAGCAAUGGCCAGGAAGGUGCAGCGUCACAAAGGGAGCCCCUUUGAGUGCGAGGUGUGUGGGGUCAAGUACAGGAAGUGGGACAACUUUGAGACGCACCGGACCUUCUACUGCCCUCAGCUGCAUGGAGCCAGGCCGGGCCUGCACCGGGCGGGGGGCACGGAGGCAACCGCGAUCCCCAGGCCCCAGCCCAGGCUAGGCCAGCCCCCCGAGACCCUGCCCCUGAGGAAGAGGAGGAAAGAGAAGAGCGUGGGGGAUGAUGAAGAUCCACCGGGGGAGUACGUGAGCUCGCUGGACACGGGCGGGGAGGACCCAGACCGGGGCGGCGUCAGGAUCAGCUCCGGCUCCACCAGUCCCUUCGUGGGGGAGGGCUACAAGACCCCGGCCCACCCACAGGCCAUGGAGUACCAGAGCGCGGGGGAGGAGCAGCCACUGUGUCGAGGUGCCCUGGACGAGGUCUACGGCCUAGCGGACGGCCAGUCCCACUCGUCCCAGGGCAACAAGCACCAAGAGGCCGUUGGCCGCCACAGGCCGGGCAACGAGAUCUCCGUCAUCCAGCACACCAACUCGCUGAGCCGGCCCAGCUCCUUCGAGCGCUCGGAGUCAGGGGAGGGCCCGGGGUCAGGCCGCUGUGCCACCCCCGAGCCCGAGGCACCCACCAGCUGCGGGGAGGCUGAGCCAGGCGAGGCUCAGGCCAAGCUGAUACGUCAACACAACAUCCUGGUGCCGGAGAUCCGAGUGACCGAGGAGCCAGAGAAAGACCCAGAGGCACCCGUGAAGGAGCCCGAGAAGAUGGCGGAGGAGUUUCAGUGGCCCCAGCGCAGCGAGACCCUCUCCCAACUGCCCACUGAGAAGCUCCCGCCCAAGAAGAAGAGGCUACGGCUGGCGGACAUGGAGCAUUCGUCCGGGGAAUCCAGCUUCGAGUCGGUCUCCCUGUCCCGCAGCGCCAGCCAGGAGAGCACCCUGUCCCACACCUCCAGCCUGUCAGCCUCGCUGGAUCGGGAUGAAGCCCCCAGGUACUCCGGGGGGCCGCCCGAGUUCCUCACCGUCCCCUACGGGGCCUCUGGUCUCCUGGGGGCCCAGGGCCACCAGCAGAAGGAGAUGAGACGCUCCUCCUCUGAGCAGGCUCCCUGUCAGCCCUACCCGGAGAUGGCGGAGAACAGGAGCAAGUCUUUUGACUACGGGAACCUGUCAGGGGCCUCAGGGCUGGCUGCGGGUGUCCCCGGGGUCUCGCUGGCUCGGGAGAGGAGGAAGUGUUUCCUGGUCCGCCAGGCCUCACUCAGCCAAUAUUCCGAGCCCUUGACAGCCGAUCCCAGGCCGGAGCCGGCUGAGCCCCGUGUCUACCGCCCGCCCUCACCUGCCUGCGUCCUCCCCGUCCUCGACCGGCACCACCAGCCCCCCUGGCAUCCCCCGCCCCCGCCAGCCGACACACAGCUAUCGUGGCAGUACUUCCGCCCGCCAGGCCCGAGCUCCCCGCACCAUCACCACCCCCCAGAGCAGCCCACCCAUCCUCGAUCCCUCCCGUCACUGCCCCACGACCACACCGAGCAGCCCAUCAUUGACCCCUGGGGGCCCCACCCUGACCCCCCCGGGGCAGACAGGAGACCCCACGGGCUGCUGGUGCCGGUCAGGAUCCAGGCCAACGUGCCCUCGUAUGGGAGCGUCAUGUACACCAGCGUCUCCUCACACGUCCUGGGCGCCCGGCCGCCCUCCAGCUCUAACGCUAUCCUCAUGUGCAAGGUGGAGGAGGAGGGGGCAGCGAAGGGAGCCAGAGGCAUCAGCCUGGAGCUGGCACGUGCCUUGGCCGAGCGGCAGAGAGGACUGGGCCAGUGCCCUCUUUGGAAGUUUUCGUCAGGCCUGGGUGGCAGUUUUGAGAGCGGGGGUGUGGGCAUGGGUGGGUCGGACGGUCCUGGAGCCAUGGGUGGCAGUAAGCGGGUGCUCUCGCCCGCCAGCAGCCUGGAGCUCUUCACCGAGACCAACCAACAGAAGCGCGUCAAGGAGGAGAAGAUCUGCGGGCAGAUGCUAGAGAAACUGAGUCUCCGUGAGACCAGCCCGGCCCCCAAGCCCAACAAACCCCAGCUGCGGAGGCAGCACUGCACCACGGAGCUCAGGGAAGGCCUCUCGUCCCCUUCCUCGCCCUCGCCCUCCACCUCCUCCUCUUCCUCCUCCUCCCCACCCUACUCCCAGGAUUUCAAGCCCAUGGUCCGUUUGGGGGAAGCAGAGGCCAUGGAUUCCUCGGGCAGCCUGGACACGGAGAGCCCACAGCAGGGAGAGGCCUGCUCGGAAGCCAACCACACUCCCAAGUUCCCCAUCAGCAUGCUGCUCCAGGUGCCGGCCAGCCAGAGCGGGGCUGCGGGCGGGGGAACCAUUCUCCUCACGGACGUGUCUGACCUCCAGGCCUUCCUUCAGUUCCCCAGCCUGCGCACAUCCACCGGGGUGAGCUGGUGCUUCCUGAACUACACCAAACCCAACCACACCCGACAGACAGCGCCCAAAUCCUCGCUCUACGCUUCCUGGUGCAUCAGCGCCUACAACCCCAACCCCCCCGGCACAGCCACCAAACUGGCCCUGGCCCUGCUCAGGUCCAAACAGAAGAGCAGCCGAGAGACUUACAUCAUGUCCACCAUCAACUGGCCCUACUGCGGCAAGCUGGUGUCCUCCAGCGCUUGGAAACAGAGGCUGGCGCAGAUCAAAUGGUACGAGUCGUCGCAGCAGGAAUGUGAAGGCGCUGGGAGGAACUCUUCAGGAAGCUUUGAAAAGGAGCGGGAGAAGAUGGAAACGUGUGGAAAUAAAGAUCUCACUGCCAAGCAACCUGAGCCAACGCGAAUCAAAAUUUUUGACGGAGGGUACAAGUCUACCGAGGACUAUGUGUAUGUGAGAGGACGCGGCAGAGGUAAAUACAUCUGCGAGGAGUGUGGCAUCCGCUGUAAGAAGCCCAGUAUGCUGAAGAAACAUAUCCGAACUCACACCGACCUUCGGCCUUUCAUGUGCAAGUUCUGCAAUUUUGCCUUCAAAACGAAAGGAAACUUGACGAAACAUAUGAAAUCCAAGGCGCACACCAAGAAAUGCCUGGAACUGGGAAUCGCUUUGACGUGUACGGAUAGCACAGAGAUAGAAGAAGCAGGAAUGGCGGAUGACACCAACAAAGAAGCCUUGGCUGAGCUUCCGGUGGAGCAUCAGUUUUCUGACCCCGAGGAGUCUGACGGAGGGGAUGAGGAGGGAGACGAGGAGGACGAUGACGAGGAGGACGAGGAUGAAGAUCUGCAGGGAGACAGCACGCCCACCACCAGCUCCAGGAGCACCAGCCCUCUGCCGCGCAGCCGGCCUGCCUCGACCUCCCUCAACAUCUCCUCUCCUUCCUCCUUCGACGUCUCUGCCUCCAGCAGCCAGUCCUCACUGAUCAAUUACCUGGUCACCCUGCCGAGGAUCGAAGUCACCCAGCUGAUGCCGCCCUGCUAUUCCCGAGCGGGGAGCCCGUUGUCACACUAUCAGAGAUACCUGCAUGAUAGGCUGACGGAACCCAUCGAGUGCAAGGAUAGGCUAGACAUCCCCUCCCCCACCAACGUGUGGCUGCCGCGGACAGAGGAGGGCUCCCCCAGGGACGACAGCUCCAGGGAGUUGUCCCCGUCAGGAGACACCAGCUCCAGCCGACAGACGUCUCCCGGGUACGAGGGAUCGCCCACGAGAGACGGCUCGCCAUCUUCCCGGAGAUACCUGUCCCCCCGACGGGACCUCUCGCCACGACGUCACCUGUCCCCCAGGCGGGAGAUCUCACCCAUCAGACACCGCUCGCCAAAAAGGGAAGCCUUUCUCCGGGAGCUCUCUCCCAGGCGGGACCUGUCUCCCAGGAGACAUUUUCUGCCCAGGAGAGAGAUCUCGUCCCCGAGACAGCUCUCCCCUGUGAAGGACCUCUCCCCCAGGCGGGACCUGUCCCCGAGACGAGACUACAGAGACCGGAGACACAUGGCACUGAGAGCCACAUCUCCCAGGAGAGCCACGUCCCACCCCACACAGUUGCCAGGGCAGUAUGUACAGCAUUUGGAAAUGAACCUGAGAUCGCUGUACGAUGUACACAGGCCUCCCCCACAGCCGCCUUUGUAUCCUCUUCCCGAGGGGAAGCAUCUCCAGGCGGUGCUGGGUGAGGGGCGCGAGGGUUACCUCUUCAGCCACCUGCCCCUGCACUCCCAGCACCAGGACCGAACCCCUUAUUGCAUGAUCCCCAUUGGGGGCAUCCAGAUGGUGCACUCGCCCACCACGGCCUACCCUGGGCUGCCCGCGGCCUCUCGGGCCCCGCGCUGGGCCAGGCAGCGGGAGGACAGCCUGAUCGAGGAGGCCACGCACUGCGUGAUCGAGAGCAUCAAGGAGAUGGACAUCUUCUCUAGGCCGGAGGAGGCGCAGUCUCCCAUGGCGACCGGGCCGCAAGCCAGGACCCCCAGCCCCGCCGACCCCAGAGAGCGUAGGACUAAAGGGGACGAGGCGGGCGGAGCAGGGGGAGGGCCCGAGCAGCUCUGGGAGCCCCCAGCACUCGCCCGCCCUGGCUUCACUGAGACCUUGACGGCUGCUGGACACUUCGGCUCGGCCCGGGCCCCCUCCCACUCCCCCUCCUCCGGCCCGCGGCCCGAACACAGCGAUCUCUUCUCAGACGGGAUGAGGUACCAGGGCCUGAGCUGGGCCGGGAGCGACCGACAGACUCACUGCAAGAAAGCCUACUUCCCCGGCUCCCAAUGAAGAGAUCGAUUAACAGAGGAAACAGGAGACACAGGGCUCCGCACUGCUCUCUCGCAACCUUGCGGACAGAACGCGCGCGAAAUAAAUAAGUAUAUAUAAAUAUAUAUAUAUAUAUAUAUAAAAAAUUAAGAUUAAUAAUUUUCUAUCCCAUACGUAAAC